CACGGAUGAACAGUGGUGGCUUCCGCGCGAUCCCACGGGCGCGGAGUUGGAGACUCUACUGAAAGAGGGUGCUCCCGAAGUAAAAAUAAACUUUGUGUCUUGGUUCAUGAAAAAAGGAGCUGAUGCAAACGUUGAGAUGACAGAUGAGUUGAGAUGUGUUUCCCAAGGUUGUAACCGUGACGUCAUGAAGUAUGAGAAGUAUGACGUGAAUGGGUUUCGAUUCCAUACAGAGACACACCAGAAGGGCCGGGCGAAUCCAAAAACGAUAAAUACUGGUGUCUUCACUAAAGGAUCUGAUACCUUUGAUUACUAUGGGAGGUUAGAGAAUGUAUACGAGCUGACCUUCAACCGUACAAACAAACAACUCAAUCUCGUUGUGUUCAAGUGUCAUUGGUUCGACCCAAGAGGUGGACAGAGAAUUACCAAGUCCAUUGGGUUAGUUGAAGUUAAGCCUUCCACCACCUAUACCGGAGCCGAUGUCUAUAUUGUUGCUCACCAAGCCAAGCAAGUUUAUUAUUUGCCGUACCCAUGCCAGAAAGCGGCCCUCAACGGCUGGGAAGUCGUGUUCCAGGUAUCGCCACAUGGUAACCUACCGAUUCCCUCCGAGGACGAUUACAACAACAUUGACCCUGUAACAUACGAGGGAAUUUUCUAUCAAGAGGAAGAGGACUUCGGGCACUUUGAGUUAGAAUGUGUUCUUGAAGAGGACCUCAGGAACGAUGCAGAAACUCGUGGUGAGUCAGUGGUGGAUCUAAAGGACAUAGAUAUGCUCGAGAAGUUACAAGUGGAAGAUGAUAGCGAUGAUGAGCCUCCACCCGUCUAUCAAAAUCCAACUUACUACUCAAAAGAUAGUGAUAGUGAUAGUGGCAAGGAGAAACAAAAUGAGAUUGACGAUGAGAUUGAUGACGGCUGGUGAUUGAACAAUAUGAGCGGCGGCAAGGAGGACUCGUCGAGCUUGCUUAAGAAGAUGCAACAACGCAAGAACAAUGUUAGAAGGAGUGAGAGGGAACCGCGUCGCAAUCCGCGUUACGAGGACUUUGCGGUAGGAGGAGGAGGACGAGGACGAGGACGAGGACGGGGACGAGGUGGUGGAGCUGGAGGUGGC